AUGUCGACGAUGGCUUCCACCUCGGCCAACGGCGCGGAUGCGCUCGACCUCAUCCGCUCGGCCAUCAAGGAUGCAUCGAUCCAGGCAGACCCGCUCGCAUCCAUCCAGCUGCUCGAUGACCACUCGUCGCCGGUACCCUCGGUGCUCCAAGCGACUGCGGUCAAGAUCCGCGACGUUUCGCUGCCCAAGUCCACCACCACACGCCUAGCCCGUUCGCGAGACGAGCUGGCGGCACGCCUCGCAUCUGGCUCUCCACCGGAUCCCGACGCGGAGCCUGCGUUCUUUUACAAUGUCGAGGCGGUCAUCCUGGCGCUGCAGGCGCGCGACGAGCGUCCCGGUGCGUACCUCGCGCAGGCGGCCACAGCCAAAGUGGCGUCGUUCCCCACGCUCGAUCGAGCGGCGAUCCUCGACUAUCUGCUGGGCAGGCGUUCGGACUGGGCGGGCGUGGUGCACAUUCGCGAUCUUCCGCGCGCAGCUGCCGACGGCGUGUCGGCACCCACCAGCACCAGCGCCGAAGCAGCAGCAUCCGCGCCAGGUGCGCAGGGCGUCAAGCGCGCCUACAAGGUCAACAGGGAGGAUGUCGAGUAUGUCAAGCGCAUCCGAAGCCAGUACGAGGUGGUGCUGCGCACGAGGAACGAUGCGCUGCGAGGCAACAUUGCAGCGCUCGUGGGUGGCGCAGCCGUGUCGCGCGUCGCCGGCUCCAAGGUGGCCGACUUUGAGACGUUCCGCCGUACGUUUUCGGCCAAGGUGGAAGCGUCGCGAAAGGCGGCUGGCAAGGCGCCACCGCCGUCGGCGGCACGCGCGGGUGUCUCGGCAGGCGGACAGGUGCGCAAGCAGCGUGCGCAGGACCCGAUCGUCGUGCUCUCCAGCUCGCCCACCAGCCUGCUCAACAUGUUCAACAUCAAGCAGUUUCUGGAGGAGGGUGUAUUCGUGCCGCCAGAAGAGGCGCGUCAGCGCGCACGCGGCGUUGCGGAUCUCGUCGUAUCCAUCACGAGCCGCGGCGGCAGCACCGGUCAGGGCGCACAGGGCGUCGGCAUUGGACGUCGCAUCCUGGUGGUCGACAGCGCCGAGGCGGUGGUAAGGCUGGGAAGCUCGAGUGCGGCGACGCCCGGUGCGGAUGCAUGGAACCGCGUCAUCGCCGUGUUCACUACAGGUCAGAUGUGGCAGUUCAAGACGUACCGCUGGAACGAGCCGCGCGAGCUCUUCAAGAACGUCAUGGGCGUCUACGUGCGCUGGCACAACGAGCCCCAAAACCCCAACGUACGCGACUGGAACGUGAUCGAACUCCAGGUGGACCGCGCCAAAAGACAUACGGACAAGCAGGUGGUGAGCCAUUUUUGGCGCCAACUCGAGUCCUGGACCCAGCGUCGCAAACCGCAUCUGAUCAGCUAG